AUGAAUAAUAUAGGAGUUAGAAAAUAUAAUUUAUAUUUAGCUAUUGGAUUAUUAUUUAUAUUUAUAAUCUUUAUAUUUAAUAUAGAAAAUAUAAAAUCAACUUAUUCAAAUGAAUCAACAACAUUUUCAAGUGCUGCAGCAUUAGCAAAAGCAGGUAUACCAGUUGGAUAUAAAAAACCACCACCACCACCAGAACAACAACCACUGGGUACUAAUUCUUUAGUAAAUUCAAAACAAACUAUAAAACCAACUACAAAAAAUUCAGGUUCAGGUUCAGGUGGAAUAACUGGAUUAGCUACAUCAUUAUUAUCUUAUGAUAAUGAAGAAGAAGAAGUACCAAUAAUUAAAACAGAACAUAGAAUUUUCAAUAAAGAAGAAUAUAUUGAUGAUUUAUAUAAAUAUACUAAAAUAAUUUAUAAACAACCAAAUUUACUCAAAACAAUUCAUUCAUCAUCUUCAAAACCUACAAUAUUAAUAUUAUCAACUAUAUCAAAACAUCUUCCAUAUGGACCAGAUCGAACUAUCGCUGAUUUUAUAAAAACCAUUAAUAGUUUAAUUUAUGAUAUAACAAAAAAUCAACCACAAGAUACUUCAAAAACUUCAAGUGGUGGACCAUCAAAUUAUAAAUUUUCACUUGGAUUAUCAAUUAAUUCUCCACUGGAAUUUGAAGAAUUACAAAAAUUUAUUGAAAUAAAUGAUGUUAAAUUUUUUAAAAGAUUUGAUAAAAUUACAUUAUUAUCAAGUCCAGAAAUGGAAAAUCAACAUGAAAUUAAAUUUGAAAAUGAUAUUACAGAAGAAGUUGAAUUAAAUAGAGAUAAUAGACAUGAUGAUCAUAAACAAAGAGUACGUCGAAGAAUUAUUGCCAAAAAUCGUAAUUUUUUAAUUUCAAAUAGUUUAGAAAUUGAACAAUUUACAUUAUUUUUAGAUUCAGAUAUUGUUAAAUUUGAUAAUUCAUUAAAUUUUAUUGAUAUCUUGGUGAAUUCAAAUAAAGAUAUUAUUGUUCCACGUAUAAAAAGAGGUGAUUUUAUAACUGAUUAUGAUAGAAAUUCUUGGAAAGGUUUAAGAACUAAACCAAAUGAAGAACAAUUAGCAAUAAUGGAUUCCAACGUGUGGUCAAAAUUCGAUUAUGUGCCACAAGAUAUACCAGGAUCAACUUGGCAUUUUGCAGAUUUUGAUUCAAAUCCAGAUUCACACACUGAAGAAGAAAAAAAAUUAAAUCAUGUUGUUCCAUUAGAUUCUGUUGGUGGUGCUGUUUUAUUUUUUAAAUCUAUUAUUUAUAAACAAGGUGUUAUUUUCCCAGCAAGUUAUUUAAUUGGUACUAGUUGGGAAAGAAUGGAAGGUUAUGAUGGUAUUGAAACUGAAGGUGUUUGUUAUUUAGCUAAACCUUUAGGUUAUAGUUGUUGGGGUAUGCCUAAUCUCAAUGCUUAUCAUGUUGCUUAA